AUGCAACUAGACAUGGAAAUGGAUGGAGAAAUUGAAGUUCAAAAUAUAGCUGUAAAUGAAGAAGAAACAGAUGCUGUGAAAUUAUAUAGAUCCAAACUUCAAGAGACAGAAAAUGAAUGGCGUAUCGUGAUUAAGGACGCGUUUCUUCGUAAUUUGGGAACUCUGAAGUCACAAAGCAAUGCUUCACAUUCUGCUAUUACUUUAUAUCCAUAUCUCAAAGUGUUAGAGACAGAUCAAUUUGUGGAGUUAAUGAUGGGAGAAAUAUUCAAACUGGUUGAUGGGAGUGAAACUUACAGCCCUACCUUAAAACUAUUACAACGGGACCUUGGGACUCAAGUUUACCAUAAGUACCAGAUCGAACAAUAUAGGCGAAAUGGAGUACUAAAGAAAGUUGAACAGAUAUAUGAGAAGUAUUGCAAGUGGUAUUUAAACCGAGAGUCAAUAGAUGGUUCGAACCAGCCUUAUAAUGGGCGCCAAGUGUGGCAACUUCUUGAGCAUCAGAAUAGAGAAGGUGCUAGUUUGGACCUAGAGGAAGCACCAUGGCCGAUGGAGAUGCGGCAGAAUAUCGGAAAAUUCCUAUACAAUAUCAUUAUAAACGAUGUAAAAAUCGACGUCAACAUGUUUAAAACCAAAUCUAAACAGAGGAAGCUGCCGGCCGUGUACAAGGUGCACCGUCCGUGGGGGCGGCUGGUGCGGCUGGAGCUGAAGCCGCAUCCGGUGCUGGCGCGCCUGUGGGCGAGCGCCGCUCGGCCCGCCCUUCGGCUGCGCGCCACGCUGGCGCCCACGCUGGCCCCGCCCGCGCCCUGGCGCAGCCCCACCGCCGGCGCCUACCUCGUCACCGCCACGCCGCUCAUUCGGAUGCCAUUUUAUGUGUCAAGUCAAAUGAAACGCUUGGAAGAGGCUCCGCCCAGUGCACUGUAUCCAGUUCUAGACAGUCUAAAUCAGCUGGGUGAGGUGCCGUGGGUCAUCAAUCAACCCAUCCUGGACUUGCAAAUGAAAGUUUUUAGGUCCGGUGGCGACAAGAGGCUGGAGAUCCCUCCGCCGGCGAGCGCGCUGGACGCGUCGCAGUUUGGUGCGGCGGCGGGGGUGGGUGCGGGGGCGGGGGGAGACGCUGCGGCCGCCUUCAAGCGCCGCCUCGCCAUCAACCGCGCGCGCGCCGACAUGCACUCGCUGUGGUGCGACGCGCUCUACAAGCUGUCGCUCGCCAACCAUUACAGGGGGCGCACGUUCUGGCUGCCGCACAACAUGGACUUCCGCGGGCGGGUGUACGCGGUGGGGCCGCACGUGUCGGCGCUGGGGGCGGACGCGGCGCGCGCGCUGCUGCGCCUAGCGUACACGCGCCCGCUCGGCCCGCGCGGCCUGCGCUGGCUGCUGCUGCACGCCGUCAACCUCACCGGCACCAUGAAGAGCAGCACGCUGGACGAGAGGUACGAAUAUGCGAAUAGUAUACUGGACAAAAUCUUGGACUCCGCGGACAACCCCCUGGACGGUGAAGGCUGGUGGAAGCAGUCAGAAGAGCCGUGGCAGACCCUCGCCUGCUGCAUGGAAAUCGCCAACGCCGUGAGGUCGCCCAAUCCGGAAGAGUACGAGUGCGGCUUCCCGGUGCACCAGGACGGCUCGUGCAACGGGCUGCAGCACUACGCGGCGCUGGGCGGGGACUCGGCCGGCGCGGCCGCCGUCAACCUGGCGCCCGGGCUGCGGCCGCGGGACGUCUACACCAGCGUGGCCACCCUGGUUGAAAAGAUGAGGUCCCGUGACGCGGCCGAUGGUGUGCCCGCCGCCAUAAUCCUUGAAAACUUCGUGAGGAGGAAGGUCAUCAAGCAAACCGUUAUGACCACCGUUUACGGCGUCACUAAGUACGGAGCCCGGCUGCAGAUUGCUAAGCAACUCAAAGAUAUAGAGGAUUUCCCGAAAGAGCAUGUGUGGUCAUGCUCUCAGUAUCUGACGACCAAGACUUUUGACAGCCUGCGGGAGAUGUUUACCUCCACUAAGCUCAUUCAAGACUGGUUCACGGAUUGUGCAAAACUGAUCUCGGGCGUGUGCGGCGAGAGUGUGGAAUGGGUGACACCGCUGGGGUUGCCCGUGGUGCAGCCCUACUACCGCCGCGCCCAAUACCAGCACCCGCAACUCAACGCGCCACUAGACCACCACCAGCGGCCGUGCACGAUGAAGCAGCGCAACGCGUUCCCGCCGAACUUCAUCCACUCGCUGGACUCGUCGCACAUGAUGCUGACGGGGCUGCACUGCGCCGCGGCGGGGCUCGCCUUCGUCUCCGUGCACGACUGCUACUGGACGCACCCCAGCGCCGUCGACCGCAUGAACCAGAUAUGCCGUGAACAGUUCGUCGCUCUCCACUCACAGCCGAUUCUAGAGAACUUAUCGGAAUUUCUGGUUAAGAGAUACAGUUAUAGCGAAAGCGAAAUAGAAGAUAAAGUCGAAGGCGUGGCGAACAAAAAACGAGUAAACAGUCUCCUUGGAAAUGUCCCUGGAAAAGGAGACUUUGACAUAAACGAGGUUUUGGACUCCGUCUAUUUCUUUAGC